AUGGCAGAUGCAUCUAGCGGUGACAGCACCGCCGCUGCCCAUGACCUGAAUGUGGACAAUAACCAACAUGUUGCCGUUCCAUUGGAUGCGCAAGAGUCUGCGACGACCUUCCAGUCUACAAUUUCCACUAAUUUACCCUUGAGGCAAUCAAGACACCCAGUCGGCGCAGUACAGCCGAAGAUUCACGAUGUGACCGAGAAGUUUACCAGAGCGUGCAGCGCUCUCGAAGUAGGCCAAUUGAUCAAAGAUGAUUACUUUACGCUCUUCGAGUCUAUUGGGGCCAUCGAGAUCAUGGACCCCAAGAUGGACAGUGGAUUUCUCCAACCUGGGGAGACGUUGGAAGAUGACUAUGAUACUCUAGUUCCACUUCUUCCAGAGGAAAUAAUCGGCAUCAUGGAUCAGCUGCUAUGUUACGAAAUGGCCUGGCACACAGGGUACCCUUUGUCACAAACACUCUUCACAUCCGUCUAUAUUGACAAGCUGCUAUGGCCAGAGACUAAAAUACUUGAGGAUGCCCAGUUCUAUCGCGGCGAGAUUCUCCACGAGAGACGGCCUGGUCCGUUAUUGGAGGUACUGAGAGCGUACUGCUUAGCCCUGAUCAAGGGAUGUGACUUUGUGAUAGCAAAGAUUACCGGGAGAGACUAUUUUGAAGAAGAGGACUUUUGCACACACACAUAUAACCGGGUCUUAUUCGUCAGCACACCCAUGGAUGUUUUCUUACGGGAGUUGGAUGCUGGUGUAGAGAUUCUAGACGAUCCUGACCUUGAGCUCAAUGAUGCUUUGCGAAAGGCGAUUUCAUCAAGACUGGAACUUCGAAAAGACUUCCUUAGGGCUCUUGACUUGGAUCUUCCUCUUGACCAGAUAUCGUUUUCCUGGCCACCGAUACUCGACAGCAUUCACACACUUAAAAGUACUCACCAACUUGGCAAGACAGUGCCGGGUGCUUUCAGCCCCAAGAUGCAACGGCGUCUCGCCUCUACAGUGCCCCCACGACCCAUUGUCGAACUAGACUUCAAAGACGCUUUAGAAAAGUUACAGCAAAUGGCCGUUGACUGUAACGAAGCCACACGUUUCAUUAACCUUGAAGCUGACCCUCUCGAAUACCAAUCGUUCCUUUGGCACUUUACAUCUCGUUCGCCGCCACUCCUCACAUACGCGCGAUCGUACCUUUCUACCCUCCUUUUCCACCCGGACAUCCUCGACACCUCAAUCUCCCUGCCGCUCGCCGAUGUAAAAGCCCUCGUUCUCUCUGCUUCUCCCGUCCUAGACCCUAGCAAUUGGACGCUGUCACCACCGCGAAACCCACUUCUCCACAAGCCCCCAAGACUCCAAUUCGCCAUUCUCAUCGAUGAAUUCGUAGAUCGUGCCGGUCAAACCUAUCUAGAUCUCUGGGUUGCCAUGGGCCAGAACCGCUGUCGUCUCCGACGAAUGCUGACCCACGUCAUCGCUGGCUGGGACGCACUGCAAGCCGAGACCAGCCUCAUUGACGCCGACAUUUCUGCUGCAGCAGCCGAACUGGGUAUGCAAGACAGCGUCAUGGAAUUCUGUCUAUCCACCUGGGUCUACCACAAGAAGCUGUGGAUGAUUGAAAAAGUGAUAUCGCUCGGCUUUGAACAGGACAUUUACCUCCCCGACGAAUUCGCAGGAAUGUACCUUUUCCUGUCUCUCGUCGCAACACGCCGAAAAGAGCUCCUGGGCAGAGUAGAAUCGCACUACCGCGCCUACAGCUUGCGCUUGCUUGCACAGAGAAGAGUAAGAGAGAAACAAGAAGUCGACGACGCACACCAAUACACCGCCAGCUUGAUCGCCGAAGCAGAAGCCACUGCAUCCUUGGGCCUGGCCCUCGCACGCUUCUACAUGAUCCUCCUGUAUCUGCGUCUCGUGCCGAUCCCCAGCCGCCCUUUUUCCACGGAGAAACUGCGCUACGAAGUCCGCAUGAAACCAUUCCUCGCGCUGCAGCCGCCCGAGGCCCCGCCGUUCGACGACUUCAAAACGCAUACCCAGCCGUACGGCGAGCUCGCUUCGCCCGACGCCGCGUUUGCAGCUGAUGCCGCGAAUCCAACCUCGGAGCUGUGGAGUGAAAUCGACAGACACAUCAAGGCGGCCAAGUUGGCGUUUGCAGAAUACAAGAAGAUCGGUGUGCGCCCGGCAAAGGCCGAGGGAGUCGAGGCAAGCUGGAACAAGGAUGUGCAGAAUGCUCUGGCGAGUUGUGUUGCAUUGGGAUUGGCGGUUACGAGUGUCAAGGACCAGGUUGUUCAGCACGGUGUUGGUGCAGGCAAGGAAGCAUUGGGGAUUAAGGUUGAGAUUCCAGAAGCUGGAUUGAAUCAGAGGUAUGCGGACGGAUGGGUCGUACCGGGGGUUGUGAAGGAGGAGUAACUAAGUAUGUUACCCGGACUGUGUGUGCUUUACAGGGCCGUAUCUCUUGUAUAUAGAUACGGGUUACAAAGCGAUAUAUGUGCGC